AUGUCUGAUUAUGGAGGUGAGGGCAAGAGGAGACCUCGUGUAAUACUUGCUUGUGAGAGGAGCGGUAACUAUAAGUCUUGUAAGUCUAGUGAGACAACUGAUAUAAGGUCGAAUGCAAAUAGUGAUAUGAAAAAAUGUGCUAGGAACAUUGGUACCAAGAAAUAUGGAUGCUCAUUCUUGUUAAAAGGUGUUAAUAUUGGUGAUGGGGAUGAUUGGAAGUUGGAGGUGGUUUGUGGAGUACACAACCAUUUCAGAGAAUCUUCAAGGUCAUUCAUUUGUGGGGCGACUUUCUGA